GACAGAAGGCUUCCCUCGCCCGGUGUUGCCUUUGAAUUGUCCAUCGAUGGGGAUUAUAUCCCUUAUACAAUUAAUAGGUACCUGCGUGAUUAUCAAAGGGAAGGUGCCCUCUUUUUGUAUGGACACUAUAUUCAUAAACGUGGAUGUAUUCUUGGAGAUGACAUGGGCCUUGGGAAGACGAUACAGGUUAUUUCAUUUCUGGCUGCAGUACUAAAUAAAAAAGGGACGCGUGCAGAUAUUGAAAACAACAUGCCUGAUUUUUUGUUAAGAACAAUGAAAAAAGAAAAGCCAUCUGUUCUAAAGAAUACUUUCCUGAUUGUGACCCCUCUUUCUGUGCUUUAUAAUUGGAAAGAAGAAUUGGACACGUGGGGUUAUUUCAGGGUUAUAGUUUUGUAUGGCAGUAGAAAGGACUAUGACCUUAAUCGAAUCAAACAGGGGAAAUGUGAGAUUGUGCUAACUACAUAUAAGACUCUUCACCAAUAUUUGGAUGAGCUCAACAGCCUAAAAUGGUCAGCUAUCAUUGUAGAUGAAGUGCAUAGAAUCCGGAAUCCCAAGGCUCAGAUAACUCAAACCAUGAAAGCACUAACAUGUAGUGUUCGAAUAGGACUCACUGGGACAAUUCUACAGAACAACAUGAAAGAACUUUGGUGUGUCAUGGACUGGGCUAUACCAGGACUUCUGGGUAGUGAAGCUCGAUUCAAGAAGGAGUUUUCUGAUCCAGUAGAGCAUGGCCAGAGGCACACAGCAACUAGAAGAGAGUUAGCAACAGGACGAAAGGCAAUGCAGAGGCUGGCUCAGAAAAUGGGUGGUUACUUCUUAAGGCGCACAAAGUCUCUUAUUAACGACCAGUUGCCUAAGAAGGAAGACAGAAUGGUAUAUUGUUCUCUAACGGAGUUCCAGAAAGCAGUUUAUGAGGCUGUAUUGGAGACAGAAGAUGUACACUUGGUUCUCCAAGCGCGGGAACCAUGUAGGUGCAACAGUGGGCGUAAGAGGAAGAAUUGUUGCUACAAAACAAAUGUGCACGGUGAAACAAUGCAAGCCUUGUAUUUUAGUUACCUGACAAUCCUUCGUAAGAUUGCUAAUCAUGCUGCUCUGUUACAAACGGAAAACACUAGCAAACAGCAGGAAUCCCAUAUCACAAGGGUGUGCAACCAAGUGUUUUCUAAGUUUCCUGAUUUCAUGCAGCUUAGCAAAGAUGCAGCCUUUGAAACCAUUUCUGAUCCGAAGUAUAGUGGGAAAAUGAAGGUUCUGCAGAAACUUUUAAAUCACUUUAGGAAGAACAAGGAUAAAGUGCUCCUUUUUUCCUUUUCUACCAAGUUACUUGAUGUGCUGGAACAAUAUUGUAUGGCAUCUGGGCUAGAUUACCGAAGACUGGAUGGAAAUACAAAGGCAGAGGACAGGGUCAGGAUAGUAAAAGAGUUCAACAGCAUGGAAGAAGUUAACAUUUGCCUCGUUUCUACAAUGGCUGGUGGAGUAGGACUCAAUUUCACUGGUGCCAAUAUAGUUAUACUGUUUGACCCCACAUGGAAUCCAGCUAAUGAUCUUCAGGCCGUUGACAGAGCUUACAGGAUUGGUCAGUCCAGGGAUGUGAAAGUCUUUAGAUUAAUCUCUUUGGGAACAGUGGAGGAGAUGAUGUACUUACGACAGGUUUACAAACAGCAACUACAUUGUGUAGUAGUGGGAAGUGUAAAUGCAAAGCGGUAUUUUGAGGCAGUGCAAGGAUCAAAAGAUCAUCAAGGAGAACUUUUUGGUAUUAGUAAUCUUUUCAGAUUACAGGACCAUGGAUUGUGUCUUACAAAACAGAUUCUGGAGGUAUGA